UCCCACAGUCUUCUUUAACGCGUAAGGACAGAACGCACAACUACACACACACGUAUAUACACACACGUAUAUACACAUAUAUCUAGAAUAUCAGAAUGGAGCGAGUCUUUUGGACACUUUGGUUACUUUCCUCCGCGGUGAUUUUGUCCGGAUCCGCGCAGGAGUUCGGCGCCACGCAGUUCGUGUGCACGUCAGUGCCGAAGGACGCGGAUCUGUGCGCGGCCACGAUGCAGAACAGCGCGCCGGCGGAGGACCUGAAGAGCACCGUGCUGCAGCUCCGGGAGACCGUCCUGCAGCAGAAGGAAACCAUCAUGAGCCAGAAGGAGACCAUCCGAGAGCUCACGGGCAAGCUGAACCGCUGCGAGGGCGCGCAGGAGGACGGAGGAGCGGCGCAGAAAGCCGGCGGACGCAGGAAGGAACCGGGCAAGAGCACCAUGGGGGACGUGUCCAGAACUCCGGGGGACACACUGGCGCAGCUCGGGCUCACUUUAGCCACACUCAAACAGAGGCUGGAGAACCUGGAGCAGUACAGCCGGACGAACGGCUCGGUGCAGGCCAACAGCCUGAAGGAUUUGCUGCAGAAUAAAAUCGAUGACAUGGAGAAGCAGGUUCUGUCCCGAGUCAACACGCUGGAGGAGAGUAAAGGAGGAGCUAGUAAUGACACGGAGCAGCGCAACCGCGUGGAAUCCACACUGAGCACGCUACACCACCGCGUCACUGACCUGGAGAAAGGUCCUAAAGGCAGCAGGCCCAUGGAUAAGUUCCAGCUGACGUUCCCGUUACGCACCAACUACAUGUACGCUAAAGUGAAGCGCAGCCUGCCGGAGAUGUACGCCUUCACACUGUGCCUGUGGAUCAAAUCCAACGCCUCGCCCGGAGUGGGAACGCCAUUCUCCUACGCUGUGCCGGGGCAGUCCAACGAGCUGGUGCUCAUCGAGUGGGGCAACAAUCCCAUGGAGAUCCUCAUCAACGACAAGGUCGCAAAACUGCCCUUCCUGAUAAAUGACGGGAAAUGGCAUCACAUCUGCAUCACAUGGACGACACGUGACGGUGUUUGGGAAGCUUUUCAGGACGGUGUUCUGCGUGGAACAGGAGAGAACCUGGCUCCGUAUCAUCCCAUCAAACCCAACGGAGUUCUGGUCUUGGGCCAGGAACAGGACACACUGGGCGGCGGGUUCGACGCUACGCAGGCGUUCGUAGGCGAGCUGGCGAAUUUUAACGUGUGGGACAAGAAGCUAUCGUCUGCCGAGAUCUACAGCCUGGCAACCUGCAACAGCAGAGCGCAAUCCGGCAACGUUCUGUCCUGGUCAGAGUCCAACAUCGACGUGUUCGGCGGCGCCACCAAGUGGACUUUCGAGCAGUGCCGUCAGGUCAACUGAACUGCAGCGCCAGAAACCAGAAAUUAAAGCAAAACAAAAAAAAAAGAAAGAAAUAAUAACGAAAAAACGGCGCCGAUCCGAGAUGCGAUAUUUCUAAAGCUUCUGUCUUUACUUCUGUCUUCAAUUUUGACGUUGAUUUGAAAAAAAUUAAGUAAAAAAAAAAGAACGGUACGCGAUGAACUGAAUAAGAAGAGCACAGAUUUCUAUGAAUUCUUACCUAUUUGUGUGCGAAACAGAAAAAAAGAAAAGAAUUCUUCUCAGUCUUGUCCAGUCUUGAAAACUUUUUUCCUGUUGUAUGUUUUGAAAACCGCAACACUGGCUUUGGUUUUUUGAACUUGGAUAUUUUUGGUUUUGUAUUCUUCUUCUUCUUCUCCUCCCCCUCCUCCUCCUCAAAAUCGCACUUUUUAAAAAUUUUUUUGUCUCGGAACGGAAGCUGGAAAGAAGAUUACACUUGAAAGAUAAAAACAAAAACAAAAAUCUGGUUCUGAGGAUGGACAGACGGGUUUCCUGGACGUUUUUUUCCUGGAGAUCGAGCUCUGCUCUUUAAUGGCGUCUCUGGAUUUUGCACUGUGACUUACAGAAGGUUGUGGGUUCAAAUCCCAGAUCCUAGUUCUGCCUGGGUUCCUGACUCUUCGGCUCUGUGCUCGGAUUGGACCGGGCCCCGACUGCACGUCCGGGCUGAGCUGUUGACCGGAAGGUUGCGAGUUCGAAUCCCGGAAGUGUCAGAAAGCCACCUGUCUGUUAUGGAGCUGGACGUUGAAAGUGUGUGUAAAAUGAAUGGGAUGUUUGACGGUUAUGUAGAUGUUUAGGAUAAAUUAUUAAUUUAUUUUUUUUAUUUAUUAUAUCCAGUCUGUUCGGAUGUUUCUCUUUAGGAUGUCGUUCGAUUUUGCCAACACGAACACGCUUACGAGUGCCUUUGGGCUGGAGCACCGAUUCAGCAGCACACACACUUUUCAUUUAUUUAUUUAUUUAUUUAUUUAUUUAUUUAAAAAAAUUCGCUUUAAUUGUCGUGUUACCUUUACAGAUUGCAGGUUUAAACGUGUUACACAGAUUAUGGUGUGUGUGUGUUUAUUUUGGCAGGUGUUUGUACUCUGUAAUAGGAAUGUUAAUGCAUAGCCACAGCAUGAGCGAACAAACGCUGCGUCCACAGUUUGCUUAUUAUUAUUAUUAUUUAUUUUUUUGUUCCCCUCUCUCCUAUGGUUUGGGUCGGGUUUUUCUACUGUAUUGUUAUACGCUAAAGCAUGGCACCACUGAGAGAUCUAAUUUUUGUAAUAAAAUUGUGAUAGAAAGA